AUGCCGAGCAGCGCGGCUCAGCUCGGCCCCGAGGUGGCCCAGACUCACACACAGUCCCUGGCGCACGGAUCCCAGGCAGAGAUGGAGCGAGCAAACCCUUGGCCAGAGGCUCCCCACCAGGAUACUGACAAGUUGAUGUGUGUCUCAAAUAUGUCCCCAUCACCCGAAAGCAGUGGAGUGCACACCUCUUGGAACUGUGAGUCAUCAGGCAUUCAACACCUCCUCCAGAGUCCACAGAUGGAGAGGAUGCCCUUGGCUUCUGCCCAGGAGCCCAGGCAGAUUGCAGAUGAAAUGGGGCCACAGUUUAGUGUGUUGCUGCCUAAGGAUAGUGUGAACUAUUGCCCCCAAGUGACUUUCCCUCCUUCCCAAAUGAUUUACUGUCAGAGAAUGUCUCCCUCUCAACCAGGAAUGAUGAUUUUCAACAGGUCCCAGAUGAUGUCCUUUGGAGAGCCCAAUAUUCCAGGGAUGGCCAUGAACUUCAGUGGGAAUCUGAGCAUGCCCCACAAUGGGCCACCAGUCACAAUGUCCCACAUGAAGACACCAACAAUGCAUUAUUCUGGCGACCCUACAGUACCUUCUAAUAGAGACUGUUUAACACCUCAAAUGUUAUUGCCUGCCACUGUGCCUUCUGCUGUGGGCCAGGCUGGGUUCCCCUCUUUGGCUCAGAUGUUACCCCCUAGAGAUCCCCACAACUGUGGAAUGCCCCCAGAUGGCUCCCCAUCAUUGCUGACUUUAGAAUCCCAGGACUCUUUUGUUAGCCAGCCAGCCUCCCAGGAAGACCCCUUCCUACCCGAGCAGCCUAUACCUGCGCCACAAAGAGCAGAGCAGAAUUGUGAGGCCUCAGAAAGGGCUUACAGGAGCAGAUCCCAGAUUGCAAGGCCUUACUGCUGCCAGUAUGAGAACUGUGGGAAAGCUUACACCAAGCGCUCCCACCUCCUGAGUCACCAACGCAAACACACAGGUGAGAGGCCCUAUAAAUGUCAGUGGGAAGGUUGUACGUGGUCUUUCUUCCGUUCCGAUGAGCUUGGACGACAUAUGCGGAUACACACCAGAUACCGGCCACAUAGAUGUGAUCAGUGCAGCCGAGACUUCAUGAGAUCUGACCAUCUCAGGCAACACCAAAGGACUCAUCUGCGGGUGCCAGAAUCCCCCAAUCCACAGGCCAACGAUGAAGAGAGAGCUGGUCCUCCUGCUUCUGAUCUUUAG